CACCCUAGAAAGGGAGAAUUAAAAAAAGGUUAGGGACGGGUUGUCAGCAAAACAUUUUCUACUUUAUGCAAAAUCUAUAAAUCGAAGUUUAAUCAAGAUAAACAUGUUUUCAAGGGCCUUCUAUGGUAUAUAAAUGUGCAGAUACGUAAGUAUUUGACUAAAAAUUGUUUGCGUGAAGUGCUUCCCCGGCAUAGGAGUGCUAUGAACAACGAGAGCGAAACAUCGAACGCAAAAAAAAUCACACGCGAUACCGCAGGUAGUGCGAGCUGAGAACACGGUUCGCGGAAAGGUUGCAAAGGACUGGCGCGUUGGCUUAAAAGAGCCACCAGCAAUUUUCACCUGUGGAUCAUGAUUAACUUAAAAUUAAAUCAAUUUCAACAAAAUUCAACGAAUAUAAGUAACGCAGGGGAAUCAGUAAUCAACAUCCAACACGGUUUGCACCAACAUAAACACAUUAUGCAUAUAUUAUAUAUUAAUUUAUACAAAUAAAAUAUUCCACUAUUUGGAUACAAAAAACCAAACGAAUCGUCAAUAACGAUUUCAUGAAGGGUUGAAUUCAAGCACUGACACUAAUGAUGAGAGAUCGCACCGGGUUCAUUUGGUCUUUUGUCUUCGCCAAUGCUGUUUUGCUUCUUUUUGUAACUGUGUCAAUAAAGAAGAAUCCCUCCUACACUCAACCAAAGAACAAGAAAGUUUACAAUCUACCAGAAAAAGGUUGCAAGACUCCAAUCGAACCCAAAAAGUCAGGCUUAUUUGCAGACAUUCUGCUAUCAGUCAAUUUCAACCACCCUUUUUAUUCUAACAUUAAAAUUCUUCGAAGAUACCUGGAACCGAUAUUUCCAAAUAUUAUUUUCUGUGGCCCGGAGGAGCAUUCCGAAGGGGGCAUUGACGUCAUAAAGAUCGAUCAACGGAAAGAAGAGUAUGGUUUUUACGGGUAUCAGUGCCUUGUCGAGGGGAUAAAGAGACAGCCCGGUUUUGAAGGUUACCUCCUUAUCAACGAUGACAUGAUUAUCAACUGGUGGAACCUCUUGCAGCUCGAUAAAAAGAAAAUCUGGUUUGGUGACACGAAACCAAAACCAGAGGAUUGUUUUGUAAUGGGUUCUCAACCGGACGAGUGGUUUUCGAGGUACGCAAGGGGGCAUCUCUGUGAAAGACUUUACAAGUCAAUGGAAAAGAAUGCAGCAUUUAAUACCACUAACAUGUUUGAAAUAUUCCUUGAAAACACAGGACGACAGAAGGUUUGCCUUGCAGCGCUGUCAGACAUAUUUUACGUACCGGCAGCGCACGCCGAACGUUUCACAAAAAUCGCACAGUACUUUUACGAUAACAGACUGUUUCUAGAAAUUGCAGUUCCAAUGGCAUUGUACUUUCUCGACUCAAAAUCGAAUAUAAUUCCAAUGAACGGUCUGUACUUGCAGAAAAAGUAUGGCUGGAGUUCCUCAUGGAAAUACAGGACGGUAAAAGCUUGGAAAGAGUAUAACUAUGAUAUGACGUUCUUACAUCCAUAUAAGUUUUCAGCAUCUGAACGAAACGUUAUCGAAUUCGAGACAAAAGUUGGCAACAUAAGUAGAAGAAUAAUCGCAGAAGGCUGUCUUGAUUUUUUUAAAAAUAAUACACAUAGUGGCUCCGGAAUGUGAACUAAGAUUAUCGCUAGUUGGAAUUAAUUAAUAAAUUGCUAUCAAGAUGUGUCGUCCUUUCAAUAAAUUUAACUGAAAUAAUAAAGCAAAUAAACAAAACGUAAAACCCCAUUGUAAAAUUUGAAAUUCCAAAAACCUUAACUAAAUUAAAAACACAAAACAUUAAUAAAUUAUGACUGUAUUUUGCUUCA